GAUUCUCUGUUUAUUUCAUAUAAGUUAAGAUGGGGCGAAGCAGCAUUUUUCUUCUGCAUAAUCAAGUUUCAAAGCUGGGUGAAGUCAAGGUUCAGUGGUAAACUUUUGAAAGCAGCACCCUGAGAUUUUGUUCAGCGUUACGAACAUUGAUGGGGGAAAAAACACAUGGCAAGGGAAGGGUUAAUACAACAACGAAGAAAACUAACGCCCUGGGGCGGCCUCCUCGCCCCCUCCUGGGACAGUGUGGGGCAAGGACCAUGAAGGGAGAGGGGGCGAGCUGGCUAGCGGGACGGGCUGCCCAUGGAACUGGGGACGGACACUGGACCGAGUCAGUUCCCAUUCGGCUCAGGUUUCUAAUAACCGGGUCGUUUCCAUCUGUUUAGAGCGCCCCCUGCUGAGCGCUACCCCAACCCCCUGCAACACAGCACCCCACCCUGGAGUACUGGGGUCAACCGCAGUGCAAGGGGAGAGCGCCCCCUACUGAGCUCCCUGCCCCAGGAAAACCCCAUUCAUCCCAUAGGACGGGGCCACGGUGGGGACCUCACUCCAUAGGCCUCCGAGGGGAAAGCCGGGAGUCUCCCCCGGGGCCACGUGCACUUCCUCACUGGGGUCAGGGACAGCUGCACAUUGGCCUCGCGUUGUUUUCCCACCAUGGCACGUUGUCGAAAUGCAGCAGCCGCUGGGCGGGCGGAUUCUUCAGGAGCUGCUGGGGCUGCCAAAGCAAACACAGGCCGGCUGGCAGACCGGCCUGGCCCAGCCCAGCCCGGUAUCCAGUUACCACCAAAAUAACCAGGAGGAGAAUAACACCCCUGUUCAGAUUGCAGGGGGCUGAUGCAAUUGUGUGGGUGGGUGUGCACGUCUGUGCCGGUGUGUCUGAGGGGUGUGCGUGUGUGUCUGUGUGUGUGAGUCUACGUGUGUGUCACUGAUGUGCUGGUGUUUGCAGGGUUCACACGGCAACGGGGCUGGGGAGACCAGGGGACUCAGCUGGCGUCUCUCACUGGGGAGCUGUCAUAGAAUUAUAGAAUAUCAGGGUUGGAAGGGACCUCAGGAGGUAUCUAGUCCAACCCCCUGCUCAAAGCAGGACCAAUCCCCAACUAAAUCAUCCCAGCCAGGGCUUUGUCAAGCCGGGCCUUAAAAACCCCUGAGGAAGGAGAUUCCACCACCUCCCUAGGGAACCCGUUCCAGUGCUAAAACUGGAAGGGACCCCCCCCCCCCCCAAGGGGUCACUGAGUCCAGCCCCCUGCCUUCACUAGCCAGACUGAGUUCUGAUUUUGCUCCAGACCCCUAAGUGGCCCCUUCAAGGAUUGACCUCACAACCCUACAUUUAGCAAGUCAAUACUCAAACCACUGAGCUAUCCCUCCCCGGGUGCACUGCCUCCUGCCCAGCCAGUGUGGGGAGCAACAGGGCCAGGGUACAUCUGGGCUUCCCCUGUGCCCAUUGCAGCCGGACGUUGACUGAGGAGGGGAAUCCUGUGCUCACUAGCACAGGCAGCUCCCUGGGGACUCCCGGCCUCCUCACCUCCCAGCCCUGCAGGCUCCAUCUGCAAAUGGCCCGGGACAGUCUCAGGCAGGGCCUGGUGACUCUUCCUGCAGGAUUCGGGGGUUAUUGUAUGAUAUGGGUUGGGGGCGGUGGGACAGGGCCCCUCAGAGACCAGCAUCUCGCCCAGACAGGCUCCACGCCUCGCUGCGAAGCCAAUGAGACUGUCAGAGACAACAGGCCCAAUUCAUCACACCGAUGAGCCAGUACAGCUACGCCUGCUUCUUGAACAUCUCCGGGCUGCACGAACCAGGAUCCAGAUGCAUCAGCAGAAACUGGAGGGAGGGAGCCCAGACCCGGAGAGCAGGGGGCUGCGGGUCAGGAGUGAGGGGCAUCGGCAGAGCUGUGGCGGGGGUCCCAGAACAGCAGUGUGUUGCAGGCAAGGCAGAGCUGGGGUGGAGGGAGCAUGGACAGGGUCUGGUGUUGCCACAAAUAUUAACACUGAGCCUCCCUCCUCGUGCACCCCCUGCUGGGGCAGCUGCACCCAGCUCUUCCUGGGACAUCGUGACCCAGCGCUGUAAGAAACACCUGGGGGAGCAUCCACCCUGCACCCUUCUGCGAGCUCUGCCCUGCUCCCUCCACUCCGCUCGCUGGCCUGCACGGACCUCUGGUGGCCUCGUGCAACACUGCAUGGCUCAGAUGCACAAGUCUUCACUAACUUUUCCCUGCCUUCAAAGCCCUCUGGCUGGGGGGUGGGGAUGGAGCCAACCCAGGCACCCUCCCCCCCUGCCCCAAAGCCUGAAGGUGCCUGGUGUUAGACCUGACCCAGCCCUGGGGUUUCGUUUUGCAGAACCGAGCCCACCUGCAGCUGUGCUCUCCUCUCACAGGAAACAGAUGCUGCUGAGGGACGAGAGAAGGGCCCUGGGGUUUCAAUUCCCGGCACCUACCCGGGGCUGUCCCCAGACCUGCUGGGAUCUGUGCCCCUUCAACAAUCGCUGCUCUUCUCCAGCACCCUCCUGAUGAGGAUCUCAAAGCACCUGUCCAACAUGGGUGAGCCGAACCUUGCAGCACUCCCUGGGUAAUCAGAACCAUUAGCCCCAUUCUACCGGGGGUGGGGGGAGAGAGAACUGCAGCAGACAGAGGGAAAGGGAUGUGCCCCCGGGCACGCAGUGGCAAAACUGGCAAUGGAACCCAGGAGUCCUGGCUCCCAGCUCCUGGGAUUUUAACGCACAGACCACAGUUUCAUAGAGUUUCAGGGCAGAAGGGACCAUUAGCUCAUCUUGUCCAAUUUCCUGCAUAGCUCCUGACAUUAAAUGUCACCCUCUUCCCCUGUAUGGAGCCCAAUACCGUGUCUGACUAACGCAGCUUCCCGGAAGACAGCCGGUCUGGAUUGGACGACGUCGAGAGAUGGAAAACCCACCUCUGCCCCCGGUACCAUCCGGUCUCCUUAACGGCUGCCCCCCAGCUACGGACCCUUUGUCCAGAAGGGGCAGAGACGGGAGGGAGCAGCGAGGGGCAAGCGGGGUGGUGGGAGGAAGGGGCAGUGGCAGAGAGCAGGAUGAACCAUGGGGAUGGUCUCUCCAGCCAUAAUCGCUGGCUGCACCACACCAGCACACGUCCCACCGGGACUCAGCUGAUCUGCCCGGUGGAGCAGGGAGCCAGAGUUUCACCUUGUUUGUUUACACUUCAGACUCCUUGGGACAGGGAUCGUCUGGCCCUGGGGCUGUGCCGCACCCUGCCCAACAGGGGCACUGAUCUGGCUUCGGGCCUAUCGGGAUCACAGGCCCUACGCAUUGACCCUAAGCGAGUUCAGCUGUGGGACGGGAAAGGAGUGAUGGCUCAGCGAGUAGAACAACCAGCGCUGAUGGGGAAAGGCCAAAAGUGAAACACAGAAGGGCUGCAUUGGCCUAAGCAAGGAGGCCUCCUGCUGGAGCUCAAGGGCCGCGUUAGGAUCAUGCCUGGUGAUGAGGAGACGCGUGGGACCGGAAGUCAAGGAACCAAGCUUGGCACGGCAGAAGUUAGCCCUAACUGGUGAAUAAAACAAAGGGAGGACGGACUAAUCUGCCCCCCACCCCUCUUUCGGGGGCCCUUCCAAAGAGAUGCUGGGGGCAGGAACAGGCAGCCCGACUGAGGGUUCCCGGACGGGUGGGAGGCCGUUUGGCCUCUGCUACUGGGACGCUGUCCUUCGCCCGUGGAUCGCAACCGUUAGCGCCCCAUCGUGAUGCCCCGACUUUGGCCCAGCAGCGGGGACGCCUGGCCAUCACUGCCGCGCCAGCGGAGACUCCAGCCGGAGACAGGUGAGAUUCCGCUCCGCCUCCCCUUCCCUUGGGGGCUCCUUUCAGCUCCACAAUUUCACUUCUCUCCCAUCUCUUUCGCGGCUUUUCAUCUGAUCCUCAGGUCAGCCGUGCCACAGGGCAUCAGCGCACUGAGACGAGACGACCCAGCCAGUGAGACGGGUAAAGGAGCAGGACCAGACCUGCCCGAUGGCAUCCCAGACCAGGAGAAAAGCCUGAGCCCAGGACAGCUGUUAUUGAGGCUGGCCAGCCAGCCUAGAGCAAACAGCCGUGACUGACCCGUCGCCCGGCGUCCGGAGAACAACAAAAGCUGCAUUUCCCCGUCUUUACGGUCCUGUCUCUUCUCCCCGGUCCGCCCGCCAAAGGCAGGAACUGGACUAUUCCUCACUUCGCUAAGCUGAGCCACAGAACUGACCCAUCCCUUCCCCCCAGGAAAAGCUGUCCAGCAAAAUAAAGGAUUCUAACCGAUAGCCUGUUUUCUUGAAGGGACUUCAGUCAGUUUUGCUGUGCUUCAUAACUCCUUUUAGCUCCUUUUCUCUCCUGUAUUCUACUAACCAAUUAACCUCUAAGCCUCAGCAUGCGUUUCUCAGAGUGUUUGCCAGGGUACUAAGCGGGCUAGGGACACUGUCGAGCAAAGCCUGCACCUUAACGCUGUUUCAUGCUGGACAGUGACAGGCUCAGGGGAACAGCUUGGACUUUGGGGGACCCUUUAUUCCAUUUACAUUAAUACAACAGGCCUGUGGGUACUUGCAGAGAGAGACUCCCCAGGCACAGCGUGGCCAGACCUUCCCCUCAGUCACCUCCUUCAACGCUGGGCUGGUCUGGUUCUUCUAGUCACUUGGGCCCACGCCAUGUCCUGGCCACAGUCUCACCCCUUCCGGGGCACUGGAUUCCGCUGUCCAGGCUUGAACACAAACCGUACCACAGCCGGCUCUGCCAGCACUGACCCCAGUAGGUUGAAGAUUUAACUCGCCCCUGCUCCUCUCAGACCCAGGCCGGAGACCCACCCCUCCUGCAGCCAGGGCCAGUCUGUCUCUCCCGGCCUCCUGCAACCCCAGCCAGCUGCCCGGAGCAAGAGACAAGCCCUGGUGUAGCCUCUGCCCCAGCACCCCUGAGCUUCCUCCUUCUAGCUCCACCCUGCCUGACACCCCCCUCCCCCAGGUGCAGCAGAGUAGGUCUGACAGGGCUCAGGUGCUCCCAUUAACCCUGUCUGAGGUCCAGCUCCCAGGCCUGUCCCCUCCCGGGGGAUGAACAAUCAGUCACAGGGGCUGGAUCAGCCCCCUCCUCUGAAAGGGGGAGACACCCUGUGACAGUACUGUUAUUAGUUGUCCAGUGGUCGAGCCGAAGAGCCCCAGCAAUGGGCCAGGACCCCGCUGCGCUAGGGGCUGUACAUGAUAAUCAUCAUCAAUGCAAAGUCCAUUAUCUACCAAACACCCCCGGCUGCCCCCAGCUCCUGCCAGGCCAGCAGGUGGGUUGGCCUGUGGGGUUCUCUGCCACGUAGCAGCCACAAGCCGGGCGCUCCAGAACCAGGGGCGGUUCUAGCAGGUCUGGACCCAGCAUUUCUUCCUCACCCGUUCCCCCGAGCUGGAGCCCAGCCCCCGCCCGUGGAUCUGAGCAGGUUGGAGCAGAAGGGACUGGCUCAGCAGGGGAGAGGAAUGGCCUGAGGUUAUUGUGUUUGGCUGUGGGGGACCCUGGGAAUAUUGGGGAGUCUUCUUUUGGGGGGGGUGUUAAGAAAGAAAACUUGCUGUAACUAACAAAAGAGCCAACCAGCUCCCUGCUCCAAGUCCACCAGUCCCUCCCAAUCGCCCGGGCUCUCUCCUCUCCGCCCCCUGACAAGCAGCUUCUGCAGAGAAACGAAACCUAACGUGGGGGAGGGGGGUGAGCGGGGCGGAAACCGAAACCGAUGAGCCCUGGCCACCCCCAGCGGAUGGAAGCUGAGGGGGGGGCCACUGCAGCCACUGGGUGAGAGGGUGGAUUGGGGGUUUGGGGGCUGAUGGGGAGGGGAACCACGGCCCCAUCCUGGGGCAAGAAACAUGUUUGCAGUGGGCUCUGGCUGCUAGUCACAGCCUCUCUCUGCCUCAGUUUCCCCCCACCAAGUGAAGCGGGGAUGAUCCUCACCUGCCCCCUCCCUGGGUGGGGGUUGAAUUUAUCCCAGCUGGUGACCAGCUUGAGGGGGCAGCGGGUUAUUAAUUGAUAAUGCCCCAUUAUUGUCAUCAUCACGCAGGGGGAUGGGCAUAGAAUAAAACGUGCCUCAAAAGACACCCCAGCAGCCCUGGGAGUCCAAGACCCAGAGACCCCAGGGGACUGGUUCCAGGGGCCUGUGCGGCUCCACCUCGGCCUGGCACGGCUCCCAGCAGGGCGCUGCACCACCUACCCCAGCAGCUCCUGGUCUGGCUGCAUCUCCUGUCUCCAGGGGAGCUCAGCACCUAGACCCCCCCAGCACCCCAAGGCAUCUCACCCACACAGCUCCUCUCUCUGUCCCCGCUGCCCGCCCCUAACAGAAUGGGGCACAGACCACAGCAGGGCAAAGGGUAUCCACUCUGCCACCAGCCUAGGGGGAUGGCACAGUGGGCCUGGAACCCGCUGCCAAGCCCCAAGGCUGUGUGGGCUGCAGGGCUCCCAGCCUCUGCCAACACAGGGGAAGGAUCCAGCCAGGUCAUAGAGCAGCCCAGGGGCCUCACCGUGUGCAGGGGGCACAAAGCCCAGCCCCAGAGUCUGGGGAUGGCAUCAGAGCCAGCUGCCCUGUGUGGUAGCCCAGAGCGCUAGCCACCAUGCCCAUCUGCUGGCAGCUGGGGGAAGAAGUGGGACCAGGAAUCAAACCCAGGUCUCCCCCAGGGCUGAUCACAGUGCUAGCCAACUGCCCUGACCGGCUUCUGCAGCACCCGGCUACAAGGCCAUCAGAACAACGGACGGGGAACUGGGUCUUCAGCCAAACAACGCUGACCUCAGCGCUCUCUAGCUUCCUUUAACGGGAAACCAUGUGAUUUUCUGGAAAGCCCCUUCCAGGGGGAGUCUAUCCUCCCUAGCACGGGAAAUCUGGAGCUGUACCUCCCGGCUGAGAAGGAGCACAGCGCUGAACACUAGGGGGCCAGAGAAACUCUUUUGCAGGGAGCAACUCGAUGGGGUUGGCACUUGGGCAGCAGCUGCAUCCAGAGACACUGCGGCAGGAGAGGAACAAACUGCGGGAAACAUUUGUCGCUCAACCUCCUCCCAUCUGAGUCUCUGGAGAGAGAGCUGGUGGGGGUCAUGCCCAAGGCCGUCUGUCUAGGGAGCGAAUGCAUGGGCAACAAGCGGAAGAAACUUUGCGUCUGCCUGGUAGGUGCCUCCAUCUUCAUAUUCGCUGCCAUAUUAAUCGCUCUCACCUGCUGUGUGGUCGAGCGUCAGGGGCAGCUGAAGACCUCAGAUGCGGAUGAGAAACUCGCCAACCUGGAGGAGGAAAAGAGGGCCCUGGAACAGCAGCGGGACAGGGCGAGGGCAGAGGUCACGGCGCUGCGGUCGGAGCUGGCUGGCACCAAUCAGACCCUCUGGGAGACGCGCGGGCGCUGGGAGUCCUGCAGGAGCCUGACGCAUAACCUGCAGGACAACAUCACUGCCCUGAGCAACAAAAUCACACAGCUGGAAGCCAGAGACUCUGAAUGGGAGGCCAAGGAACGAGGGUUACAAGAUGAAAAUGGCAGGCUCAGAGAGCAGCUCUCCAGCCAGUCCCAGCAACUGCAGGAUUCCCAGGAAGAAUUCCAGAAGCAAAGAGAUCAGCUCGAAGCGAACAUCCAUUGGCUGAACAUGGAGCUCCAAAGCCAGAGGAAUCAGCGCUCCAGCGGGGACAGCCUCGGGGGUCACCGGGUGUCUCUCUGCCUGGCUCCGCUGGCACUGUCCCUCCUUGGCACCCUUCUCCUUUAAGAGGAGCCGCUUUGUUCAGGUAUCAAGGAGCCUGGAUACAGACUUGUCCAGAGACCCCUCCUGCUGUCUGACCCCCAGGCUCUUGGACAGAGGGGUCUCGUCCUGUCACCGCCACCAAAGACAGCUCCAGCCUUCAACCAGCCACCGCUCUGUGCCUGCUCAUCUCUGACCACGCCACAUGCUCUCCCCCCCGCAGGCGAGAGAGCCGUCUCCUGUGCACGUCCUGCUGCCUAGCCUGGCUUCACUGAACCGCCCAUCUCAUUCCAAGUCUCCUGCCAGCGCAUGGCAGCCCUGCCAGGGCCCACCUGUGCCAGGCCAGAGACACAGCUCGCAGACCAAAGAGCAGCACAGGAAAAAAAGAAAGAUCAUUAUCGAUGGGAAACUGAGGCACACGGCGAUUAGUGAGUCGCCCCAGGAGCACAUGGCAGAGUCAAGCCUUGAACUCAACUCUCCUGAGCACCAGCAUGUAACCCUAAGGCCAUGCUUCCUCUCCAGUCCUCCCUCGCCUGCAUCUCCUUUCUCUCUCCCGCUGCUGUUCUUUAGCUCAGCGCAGUGGGUCAGGGGUUGGGGACACAGGACUGUCUCUCUCUCUCUCUCCGUUUAUUUCCAUCAUCCGUCCCCAAUGCCCUUUCGAUCCCGCGGGAUUUGUGUUUCAGGGCUGAGCAGGCAGUGGAGAGUGGAGAAUCCCCACGGGAGCACGGUGCACAGCGCAGCCGGCUCGCUCCCCUCCAAGUCGCCCUCAGGAGAACUGGUCUAAACCACUAGCUUGCUAUGACCUCGGCCCUUCCCCGGGUCGUGCAGGGGGGCGGGUUCCUGCCCAGCCCAGCCCUGGCGGAAGGAUCUCGUUGGCUCCUGCCCAGCACUGGAGGAUGAUGGAAAACAGUGAAGAAGAUCCCGCCGGUGAAGGGCGCAGGGAGGAUGGAGCCGCUUCCCCCAGAGCCAGAGCCCCUGGGGUUUCUCGGACUCAGAUUAUCCCAGACGACGGUUGCCCUGAGCGGGGUCAAGCCCCAGCGGGGAUAUUUGCUGCUCCCUUGAGGGUUUCUAUUUUUCUAAUAGAAUGUUGCCAACCCCAAAGGUUUGUGGUGUCAUUUGUCCUCCCACGCCCUGCCCGAUCAGAGACCCGGGGCUCAGAGCGAGCAGCCCCGGAGCCGUAUUCGUGGCCGUCGCAGGCCUGACCUGCCUUCAGAGAGCAGGGAAGAGGCAGCUCGUAACUCUGCUGCUAGUUUGGAGCACGGGGCAAACCCCUGAACCCUGCUCCUGGGCUGGGGUGACGGGCUCUACACAGGGCGCUCUUAGGGGAAAGCGCAGUAGGCCCAAGCCUAGGGCCCCACAUCAGACCUGGGACUUUCAUAUAUAGGUCAGUUUCUAAUCCUCAGGGAUGCCAAGGACAGCUCACAUGGUGACUCGAGUGUAACCAAUGCAGUGACACUGUCUGAGUCUGCAGAGAGCCUGAGUCAAUUGGUCUGAAUGGGCAGGAGCUAACGAGACAGUGAUCUAUGCAGCAACCCCUGCCUGCAUUUACUGAGAGCCUGAGGUAAUUACUUUGAGGGGGUGAGCUGCCCCUGCAACUGGGGGAUCAGCAGAACACUUAUUGCCCUUCUCCAGCACCUUCCACUGAUGAUCUCAAAGCACCUGUCCAACGUGGGUGAACCGAACCGAACCUCGCAGUACACCCUGGGUAUUCAGAACCAUUAGACCCAUUCUACAGAUGGGGAAACCGCAGCAGACCAAGGGAAAGGGACGUGCCCCCAGGCACGCAGUGGCAAAGCUGGGAAUGGGACCCAGGAGUCCUGGCUCCCAGCUCCUGGUGCUUUAAUGCACAGACCAGUUUCAUAGCGUCUCAGGCCAGAAGGGACCAUUAGGGCAUGUAGUUGGAUCCCUGGCAUAGCCCCGACAUUAAAUGUCGCCCUCUUCCCCUGAAUGGAGCCCAAUAACGUGUCUGACUAACGCAGCUUCCUGGAAGGCAGCCGGUCUGGAUUGGACGACGUCGAGAGCCCCCAGUACCAUCCGGUCUCCUUAACAACCACAGCCCCGCUACCGUCCCUUUGUCCAGAAGGGGAAGAGAUGGGAGGGCUAAGCGGGGCUGUGGGAGGAAAAGGAAGAGAACUGCCCCCUAAUCAGCCACCCCGACCCCUGGUAAAUGGCUCCAGUGGUUAAUUAUCCUCACUGUUAAGAAUGUACAGCUUCUUGUAGCUAAUAGACUUCUAGGCAGACGAGCAUCUCACUGGCUAGCACUGCAGGGACGGCCUUUGAGGGCCAUUCAAGCCCUGGGGUGGUCUGUUUCUUCUGGUGACUCAGCCACCAGCUCUGUGCUGGCCAGAGUCUCCUCCCGUCGGGAUACCAGAGAUCCAACGUCAGGGUUUGAACACAAAACAUACCACAGCUGGGUCUUCUGUCCCUAUUUCCCAGGGCUGGGAACCCCCCCAGUGCCUUCCCCAGCGCUCCCUCAAAACAUAACUAAAGGAAAGACACCCAGGGGAAGGGUGUCCGGUCGUGUGGUUAUACUCAGCCCUUCAGGAGCCAUUGUUAUCUUAUAAGAAGCACAGGGAAUCUUUUUAAAGGGGAUAAGGCAAUACACCCCCCCUACCCCCCUGACACACACGGUU